UCUUCUCAUUGGUCUCCCUUCCCCCAAAACGUGGCUACUGCCAUUUCUCACAAUGUCUACCGCCAUCUUUUCUUGUUGUGGUCUGACGAGUGGGGACUGAGCAAAUUACACACAGUCUUUUGUUUAUUUUCAAUUUAAAUUGAAUGCAGCUGCAAAACAGGCAGGGCCCAAACACCAGUAUUAAAUUUGGUGUAGAGAUUGGAAAUGGCCAAGUUUAUUUCACCUUCCAGAAGGCGUUCGAUAGAGAAUGCUCCAGUUUAUUUCCCGAUUGGUUCUGCUAAGUCGAGAAAUGUUUUAAAAGACUACAUAGGCUCUCAGAGUGAAGAAGUCAAGGUUCUUUUUCUUGGUUGUCAAGAUUUGAUGAAUGUGUUGACCACAAUCGCUUCAAAGACCAAUUGCGAUGGAUACCUGACUAUCCAUUUAAAUCAUUCUUGUCCACUCACUUUUGCUCGCAAUGUGCUUAUUGUGAAAGUGAUUUCUUCCAAAGAUUUCAAUGUCAAUGAAGAUAAAGACAUGAGUUAUUUGUGGGAUUUAUGGUAUAAUGCUGUGUGGCCAAAGUCAACCGUUGAUAGAUUUGUAGCAGAUGUUAAAGAACUUGUUGAGAGAGGACUUCCUGAUCUUGGUUUUGCAAUUGAAACCAAACAAUUUGAUGAAUUGAAAAAUGUGUGGAAGGGUUGGCUGGUAUUUUUGGAUAGAAGCUUGAUUCAUUCAUCUCAAACAGAAAAGAUUCUGAAGGAGAGAUCAGAGUUCAUUGCUAACGGCGGUAGGUUUGGAAAGCAACUUCUAGACAGCCUCAUUUCUGCACAGCAUAUUUCGUCGACUCCCUACCUGACAAAGCUAUCAUUGCUGAUUGUAUCUAAAAUGGAAAUCGAAGAUUUUACCGAUUUAUUGAAGCAAAAGUUAAAGCAGGAAGUUGACAAUUACAUUGAAACUGGAAAUUGCCGCUCAUCAGAUCAGCUUUCAUCAACAGCAGCGAUUAAUCCUACCUUUCUCGAGCCAAAAACCUUUCGUUGGCGUGUCAAUAUCUAUUCGUGCCCGUUUGAAGCGUACCUACCGCUGCCUUACUCUGAACUUGAAAUGGCCACCGAGGAUUUUGUUACUACGCCCUAUUGCCAGAAGAUACUGAAGAAUCUUGUUUCAUCCUACAGGACGGUGGCAGAGUUCAUUAACUUUCGUUUCUCUUUGAACGACGAUUUGCAAUUUUGUCACACAGAAGCGACCGAAAAGUUCCAUGUGAUCGAUUGCUCCACUAAUGCGGAGGACUUGGGAUUGCCCAAUAUACUGUUAUCGUGUAGUCGAAGACUUACUUCACCAGAUGCCUUGUUGAUCACAGGAAGUAAAUCCUGUAGCAGGCUGGCUUCUACUACUGCACAAUACGUUGAAGAAGCGCUUUGUGCUCCCAUGAGCAUGAUUCCAACACUUUAUGGCUUUCGAUUAACAAACUCUGUAGAUUUGGGUUGUGCGACUUACUCAAGAAAUGGAAAUUUUGGCGGAUUUACACCCAUCACGUUAACGUGGUCUCCAGCCCCUCAAUUUAGGAAUGUGCCAUUCUGCCUUUCUCCUGCAAUCGACGAUUUUCUGAAGAAACUUCAUAAGAAAUGUUAUUUCCUGGAAGAUUUUGAUCGUGAACGAUUCAAGAAGAACUUGUGCUUCAAAGCUUACACACCCCUGACAUAUUCUUAUGUAGUUGCUCGACUUACUCAACAUGAUCAGCAAGGAUAUCGCCUUCAGUUUGUGAAAGUUGCUCCUCAAUUUAAACUUGCCCAAAAGUCCGUAAGUGAUUGGGUUAAUAAUUUUCCAGUCAUUUUGGUGACAACAAUUCAACCCUUCACGCCUGAAUUGAAAACUUUAUUCAACAAAACAAAAAUCCUGUUUCGAGCCCCAAAUCUCCGUCUGAUUUUGAUACCGAGUAACCAUUUGUUAAAGGUUAGCUUGAAGCUUUUUGCAAUGAAAGAAUCAGAAAAAAAUUACCCGAUUGAUUGGGCGGCCGAGAAUCCUGACGUCCACUACAUUGACAAUUUUGAACUGCUUUAUCACAAGAAUGAUGCUGGUCGCUUACGUUCUAUGCAACUUUCAUUUAUCCAGCCAUUAACGUAUGAUUUGUCACUGGAUCAUUGUGCAGUGCUCGUCGAAGUUUUUACUGGCUCGGUGAUGAUGAACAUGGGUGCGGUUGCAGAUAUGGAGCGGCAAGGAAUCAAGAACUGGGUGAUAGACAGCAGUCCUUUUCUGUCUUUCUCAUCAUCGAUAUCACAAGAAGUUCUCAUGAAAGCUGUCAGCUGUCAAGAAUCAGCACACGAUUUUGUCGUCGAAAUCAGCGUUCACUCCAAGGAUGUUCUAAAAAGAUUAAAAAUUGCAACUGACCACGAACCUCCAUGCGAGGCGACACACGAGAUUACCUUCUUAUUUUCCGAGCCGGAAGAGAUUAGUCCCCUGACGUUGUGUUUUCCUCAUCCAUUCCUGGUGGAUUUCGUCGAAGCUCGUUUCCGUCGUUCUGUUCGCCGCAUUCGCGUGAAAUUGAAGAAAGCAUUAUGGGAACCGUGGCCUGCGAGUUUUCAUGAGAAAGCAAAGUGGGACGUUGACCAAUUGAGCUGUUGGAAGCAAUCCCCAACGUGGAAAGAAUCCGUGUCUGAACUCAUGUCUCACAUAGCUGCCCAAAAGACCUUAAAUACCAUUAACAAUUUUUUGGGUCUCAGCAAUUUUGGAAACGCGGUGCAUCUGCCAGAGCUGAGACUGCUCCCUCCUCUGGAAGUUGUUCGAAACAUAAUUGGUACCAUAUUCAACUACCAUGUCGAACAGGGGUGUGAUAUUUUCGUCGCCUACAAUAUUUCCACUCCCCAAUCAAUGGCCGAAUUUGUGUUAGAUUCAGUGACAACGAAGGAACCCGAAUUUGUUUUUCGGGUACAUCGCCCAACUCUCCGUUCACCGUGUGGUAGUCCAAUGCUACUGAUUUCUGCCCUGGAUUGCCGUCUUUCUAAAAAACUGGUGGAAAAGGGGCGUUUGCAGGCUGAAAAGGCGACUGAAUACUUACAGCGCGUCUUUGUUCAAAAGAAAAAGAAACAGGGUCCGAUGAUUGUGAACACCACUGAAGAAGGAAGUAAACUGUUGCGUUACGUACUCCGCUUAAACUCCACGAAAAUGAAGCCUAGUUCCUGGCAAGAGAAAUAUCUUGCACUGGACAAGUACAGUCCAUUCUUGGCAACCUACAUCUCGCCACUUUAUCGAGAAAAAGGUGUGUGCCCGGUCGAGGAAGAAGAUGCUCUGGGUGAAAUAAUCGACAAGGUUUUUAAGGAAACAAGUGCACCGAAAGAGAGUCCACCGAACCCAUGUUCUGGAUGUGGUAAACAAUCAUGCGAUAAGUUUAAGCGUUGUUUGAGAUGCAAGAUAACUGCGUACUGCUCCAUCGAGUGUCAGCGAUCCGACUGGAGGAAACACAAGUUAGUGUGUGCCAAAUCUAAUCAUUGAAAUUAAGAUUUCAUCAAGAAAAUGUCAUUCGAGAAAA